CCGCAGAUCCAACGGGUUCCGCCCCCAAAUCGGAAGGGCGCGGCCAAAUAUGGGGCAAAAAAUGAUUAGGGGUUCGUCCCUCGCUAUCGUCUUUUCCCUUUGGCUUUGAUUUCUCGUUUCUCUCUGCGUUCGAGCGGAAGCUCUCUCCCCUUCGGCUCCCAAAUCCUCUCUCCGUAUGUUCCUUCUCCCCCCUCGAGGAAUGUCUGGCGUCGGAGCCUGACCAUGGACGACAUCGACGGCAUGCCGCUGGCGAAGCGGCGCAGGCUUCCCAUCUCGACGAGUCCUUCCUCUUCGCCUCACGGUCCUUCCACUCCCAAGCGCUCAAUUGGUUUUCCCGUAGAGCGAGUGUCAGUGGAAGUUUCAAAGAAAUGGCCUGGUUUGCCGAGAGGUGUGAACUUUAAUCCCUCUGAUGAAGAUCUACUCUGGCAUUUGCUUGCUAAAGUUGGCAAGGGAAAUGCUGACCCUCAUCCGUUUAUUCAUGAGUUUAUUACUUGUCUCGAUGAAUUUGAAGCAUUUGGUUAUACACACCCUCAGAAACUUCCUGGCAUUAGGAAGGAUGGGGGUGAUUCUUACUUCUUUCACAAAUCUUUUAAGACAUGUAUUGCUGAAAUUAGACAACACCAGAAGAUGCGUGACAGUGACAGUGGGGACGUCUGUUGGCAAAAGAGUGGCAAGUCCAAGCCUCUGACUGUUGAUGGGAAACACCACGGCUAUAAGACCAUGAUGAUUCUAUAUGAGAAUGCCAGCUGGGUGAUGCACCAAUAUCACUUGGGUGUGGAAAAGAUAGACCAGGAAGAGUUUGUUGUUUCUAAGAUAUUCUACCAGAGGACUGGCCAGGUCAACAGAAGUGUGGAAGACUUGGCUCUGGGCACAGAUGAAACUGUGCUUGGAGAAGCAGGGUCACUAAUUUUUUCCAAGAUGGAUCGUCACCUUGAUCUCGUUAACGCAGAUGCAACUUCACAGGAUAUUUUGAUGGAUGACCAUGAUCCUAAGCCCCACCUGUCCUUGGAAGUGUACAAUCACAAGUAUCCAUCUGAUGUUUCUGAAAUAGCUGAUGCUCAAGUACGUAGAGUUAAUUCAGAUAUGAUACCUGAUUCUGAAGUUGAAGGCCAUACUGCUAAGACUGGAGGAAAUGAUAUCAUCCAACCAUCUAAUCUACCAAAUUAUCUCAUGGAUCCGAAGACUGAGCACCCUGACUGCAACACAAAUCUUCUUAUCGAGGGUACGGACAGUAUGCCUAUGGCUGUUACUGGAGUCCAUCCUAACGAUGAUGAACUCGAUCAUGUUUUGUUGCAUGUUCGUACUCACAUGUUGUUGUCAAGCAUGAAAUCAGGCACUACGGAUUCCAGAUGUUCUUCUGAUAGUAGCAGUUGUGGUUUAAACCACACUUUGGAAAAUUUGUUGCAUGCCAAAGAUGGUGGAUUUGUUCCUCAAAAUGAUUCGAUGAGUAACAUGGAAACAACUUACGGAAAAGAUAUCCUUGGCCCGGUGCAGGGUAUUUCUUUGUGUCCUUUAGUGAACAACACUACUGACUGUGACCCUGGCAGAGAACAAUACAAUAUGCAUUCACCCAAUAAAGAAAGCAGUCGUAUGGAUAGCCAUCUUCCUGAAAGUGGUAAGUUAUACGUGGCAAACAAUAUAAUGGCUGAGCCUUCUGGAAGUUCUGCUGCAGAAAGUUAUUCCAUGGUUCAUCAGUGUUCAAAUUUGCCUUGCUGCCAAAACAAUAUUUUGUUAGAAGCUAGCUUCUCCGAAGAGAAUCUUGGCAACGAUGGUUUAUCCUCGGAUCAUACACCUCAGACACCUGUUUUAGGAGAAGGAAUUGUAAAUACUGAUUGCAGACCCUCUCGAUCAGGUUUAUCUGGCCAGCUGAUUUCACUAAAAACUGAAACCAUGGAAGAAGUCUAUACUGAUCAUGUCUCUGAAACUAAUAGAGGACUAGAAUUUGGUGCUCAUGGAUUAGGAACAUUGGAAAAGCGUGUCAUAGGUAUUUCUGGUACUACAGCUCUAUGCUCAUCGGAAGUCAGAAUGUGUCCUGAGGUCAAUUUGUUAAAAACAAACAAAUUUCAGACACACCAGAUGAUAUGCAACUGCUCAAAGGAUGCAAAUACCUUGGAUCCUCAACUGUUAACUCUAGGUCAAAGCCUGGAAGACCAGAAUAAUGGCAAUGAUGUGCUCGAUUCAGUACUGCCUAGCAUCAUUAGUGAAGUGAAAGUUGAACCUUUGGAAGAAAUUUGCACCCACAAUGGUUUGGGAACAACUGCUCAAAAACCUGUAAGCUCUUCACUUGAAGCAACUUCUAGAAAACCUACGAGGUCUUGCCAAAGUGGUUAUUCUGCAAAGACCGAAAAGCAUACUGAAUACUCACUGACAGACAAGCAUUGUAAAGAUCUGCUUUCAUCUGACUGCUGUAAUUCACAAAGAAAGACCACAAUAAAUUCUUUAUGUUCAGAACAACCAUCCCUUAAGAAAGAUUUACACCUAAAUUCAAAUUCUUCAAGGUUUUUUAAUAGUGCCUGUUCACGAAAAGGCAGUAACAGACAAGAAAAUGUUUUCUUACACAAAAGAAGUUUGAUCGAGCAAGUCGGAAAUAGGUGCUCCCAUCAUGCAUCUACAACUGAAAAUGUACAUGUGAAUAAUACUGAGGCUCAUAUUUCAAGAACAGAGGUCAAGAAGGAAUAUGCUGAUGAUUUCUCCAAGGACAUGCAAGCUGAUGUGAUUUCUCCAAAACCUGAGAUGCUGGCUUGCGGAGUAGUUUCUUACUUGAAGUACAACAACAACAUGAACAACUCACAACAGUUUCUGCCACAGAAUAAAAAAUGUGAACCAGUCAAUACUCCAAAUGCUCAAGUUAACAAUUUUUCUCUUCGUAGGAAAAGGAAGAAGACUGCAACGGAUUCAGUAGAAAGAGCACUCGAGGAAGAUGCUCCAGGGCUUCUGCAGGUUUUAUUGGACAAAGGAAUAACAAUCGAUGAGAUCAAGCUUUAUGGAGCUGCUGAAGAUGAUGAAGCACUGGAGAUCUCUUCGUCAGAUGACAACUUUGAAGAGCUUGAAACUGUAAUUACUAAGAUAUUUUCUUCACAAGCUUCUCUAUUCAAGUUUUCAGUGGCGCGCCACAUGAAGGGAUCAAAGGCUGUUUAUUGUUUAUCUUGCUUAGUUUCUUUGAUCGAACAGACUCGAUAUCUUCAGUUUCGUAAUAGUCCAGUGGAAUGGGGAUGGUGUAGGGAUCUGCAAUCAUUUAUUUUUGUUUUUCAAAUGCAUAAUAGAAUAGUUCUGGAGCGCCCAGAAUAUGGUUAUGCCACAUAUUUCUUUGAGCUUGUGGAUUCUUUGCCAGUUGACUGGCAGAUCAAGAGGUUGGUGACGGCAAUGAAGCUCACCAGCUGUAGCAGGACCACUCUCAUUGAGAACAAACCUUUAUUGGUUGGAGAGGACUUGACCAAGGGAGAGGCGCAUGUGCUGGAGGAGUAUGGCUGGACUCCUAAUUGCGGGCUGGGGACAAUGCUGAACUACUGCGACAGGGUUGUGCAUGACAAAAAAUACGAACGGUGCAGCAAUGAAUGGAGGGCCAAGAUCGGGAGACUACUAAUGGAGGGUCAUGAUUCUGGACGAACCGUACUCGUCAAACUCCCGAAAAGGGUUGUAAAAUACAAAGGAGGCGAGAAUUUAAAAAUCAAGUUGGAGAAUUGAUCCAAAUAAAUGCUAGCUUUAGCUGUGUAUAGUUGCGGAAGUGCCUUAGAUGUUACACUGGUAUGUAAUGGCCAAUGUUGUAUGUCAUUGCUUCAGCAUGUUACACUGGUAUGUAAUGGCCAAUGUUGUAUGUCAUUGCUUCAGCCUCGUAUCUUCCA